AUGCUCCUCCCAGAUGAUUCCAAUAGCCUCCAAGACCCUCCCAAACGACAGGCCACCAUCACCAUCUCCAGGGGAGGAGAUGAACCCACCGAAUCAUCACCCCUCCUGGGUGAGGAGCAUGCUGGACAACCACCCAGAGGAAAUGGCCACCAGUCCAUCCGGAAACGACCAUCUCCCGCCUUCAUCCUCCUACCCAUGACCAUCGUGAUCCUCCUCGUCGCUCUGGGAGACCAGCUACAAGAAUCCCCCAGCACGCGGAUCUUCGAAAGCGUCAUCUGCUACCGCUACCACGAACGACACGACCCCAGCAAGAUCAUCCUAGGCAGAGACCGCGUGCAUCCCGGCGCAAUCGGUGGCGUCGAGGAGAAGUGGUGCAAAGCCGACGGAGUCCAGGACGAAUUGGCCCGACUGAACGGCUACCAGAACUUCUUCGACGGCUUUCCCUACCUCCUCCUCGCACUGCCCUUUGGCUGGGCCGCGGACCGAUUCGGCAGAUGGCCCAUCAUCAUGCUCAACCUCAUCCAACUGCCCGCUCGAGCGCUUUGGACACAGUUCGUGGCCUGGAAUUGGCAGGCAUUCGACCUCCGCGCCGUCUGGCUUUCUUCCGUCUUCUCCCUGCUCGGCGGAGGCUCCAUCAUCGCGUCGAAUCUGUUCUACGUGACGAUUUCCGACGUCACGCCGCAGGAAGAACGAGCGGCUGCCUUCCUGCGUAUGGCGGCCGUGAGUCUCUUGCCGAAUGUCCUGACGCCUCCCUUGGCGGCUUGGUUGAUGCAGCUCUCGCCCUGGAUUCCGUCGUUGCUGGGGACGGCGUGCACGAUCCUCGCCGCUCUGGUCUACUGCGUCGUGCCCGAGACGAAGAAUUACCAGCAUCAAUUCCCCCAAUGCGGCACACCUAGCGAGGAGCCCACGGAAGGAGAACGACCGCUACCCAGAGCAAGAGCCACGAAAGAAAGCCUUCUCAGCCGCUGCUGGCUGUCCAACCUCACAUCCUCCCUCUCCUUCCUCACCACCGACUGGCGCAUCCCCGCCCUCAUCUCCGCCUUCUCCCUCCACAUCCUCAUCGCGAGCAUCAACCGUCUCCUCCUCCAAUACACCAGCAAGCGCUACGCCCUCACCAUCGCCCAGGGAACCCUCCUCAUCACGCUCCGCAACGCGGUCCAGGUCUUCCUCUUGCUCGUCCUCCUACCCUACCUCUCCCAGCUCGCCAUCCGCAUCUUCCACCUCUGCGGCCAAAGGAAGGACCUCUACCUCGCGCGAGCGUCGCAGGUCCUCGUGGCGACGGGCUGGAUCGGCGUGGCCGCGAGUCCGACUCUCGGGUCCGUGGUGGUGAGCUUGGCGAUUACUUCCCUGGGCGCCGGGGCCGGGUUCCUGACGAGGAGUUUUCUCACGUCGCUGCUGCCGGCGGAGCACAUCGCCGUGGCGUACAGUCUCAUUUCGAUGACGGAUACUCUGGGCAGCAUGUUUGGGAAUCCGCUAUUAGCAGAAUUACUGGCACGGGGUCUUGCGCUGGGAGGGUUUUGGGCGGGCUUGCCAUUCUUCUUCGUCGGUAUAGUGGCUGCUUUCUUUGCGAUUCUGAUGUUCAUGGUCCGAUUGAGGAAAGGAGAAGAGGACUGA